CUGGGCCGGGAAGGCAGCCGGAGGUGGAACCAGAGCUCGCAGCUGGUGGUCCAUGAGGAGGUUCCUGAUGGGGAGAAGCCCCACAAGUGCGAGGAGUGUGGGAAGAGCUUCAGGUGGAGCUCCCAGCUGAUAAUCCACCAGAGGAGCCACACUGGGGAACGGCCCUACGAGUGUGAUCAGUGCAGGAAGAGGUUUCAGACCAGCUCCAGUCUCCUCAAGCACCAGCGCACGCACACAGAGGAGAGGCCCUUCCGCUGCCCCGACUGUGGGCAGGGCUUCAGGCGCAACUCCCAUCUUGUCAGGCACCGGCGCAUCCACACUGGGGAGAGGCCCCACGAGUGUGAGGAAUGUGGGAAGAGGUUCAUGGAGAGCUCCCACCUGAUCCAGCACCAGAGGACCCACACUGGGGAACGGCCCUACGAGUGUGGGGAGUGUACGAAGAGCUUCAGCCAGCAUUCCAGCCUGAUUGUCCACCAAAAGAUCCACACUGGGGAGAGGCCCUACGCGUGUUCCAAGUGUGGGAAGGGGUUUCGGAUCCACUCCCAUCUCCUCCAGCACUAUCAGAGUCACACAGAGGAGAGGCCCUUCUGCUGCCCCGACUGCGGGAAGGGAUUCAGGAAGAACUCCAACCUCGUCACCCACCGGCGCAUCCACACUGGGGAGAGGCCCUACGAGUGUGAGGAAUGUGGGAAGAGCUUCAGGCAGAGCUCCCACCUGAUCCGGCACCAGAGGACCCACACUGGGGAACGGCCCUGUGAGUGUGGGGAGUGUGGGAAGAGCUUCAGCCAGCGUCCCCACCUGAUCAUGCACCAAAAGAUCCACUCUGGGGAGAGGCCCUAUGAGUGUUCCAAGUGUGGGAAGGAGUUUCAGACCCGCUUCCAUCUUUUCCGUCACUAUCAGAGUCACACAGAGGAGAGGCCCUUCUGCUGCCCCGACUGCGGGCAGGGCUUCAGGCAGAACUCCCAUCUUGUCACCCACCGGCGCAUCCACACUGGGGAGAGGCCCUACGAGUGUCCCCAGUGUGGGAAGAGCUUCUCCAGCAGCUCUCACUUGACCCAACACCAACGGAGGCACCGGUGAGGGAAGCCCUGCGAGUGCCCCGAGUGCGGGAAGAGCUUCGUGCGCUGCUCCAGCUCCAUCCCCCACUGCAGGAGCCACGCUGGGCACAGCCCUGGUGACCCACAUUCCCUGUGAUCCCUGUUGGGAACACAACUGCCUGCUUCUCCUUUUGGUUUGGCUUUUAUUUUUUUCUCUUCUUCUUCUCUUUGCCCUCCAAAAUCCAAGAGGGAUGGAUCUGUCGCCUCAAAACCACUCAAAUCCCACUGAAAACAACUGAAUUUUAACCCAUAAAGGGUCAAUCCCUCCUCAAAAAAACUCAAUCCCAUGCCAACCUCACUCACUUCCACAGCCAGCAGGAUGAGAUGGGGUUGG